GUGACUUUGUUUAGCUCCUGAAAAAACGCAUAAUUGACUAAUAUAAAAUAUAAAAGAAAAAAAGAAGAAGUUCCCACUUGCCCAUUUCGAGUGUUCACGUGAAAGUUUGGAGCUUUUGACGGUUUUUGUUAACUGAAGGAAAAUUUCAAGUUUUGGGUUUUAGCCAUCGAGUUUUAUUGUAUUUCACUGUUUUAUUUUUUUGUACAAAUUUUCACUCUUUUUAGUUGGCUCUGUUUGGCCAUCGACCAUUGUGAAUUGGACCAAGGUUUUCUUCGGAAGUUAUUUGAUUCUGUCAUGGAGAAUAGUGGAGGCGGUGCCCUUUUGAGGAAUAGAAGGUUCGAGAGCUUCUUGAAUACGAGCUCUGGCCAAAGUGUGGAAGAAACUCCUAGAAUUUUGGUGAAAGAUGAAUCGGGAGAAAGGCCAAGGAAUGAUGUCUAUGCAGAUGAUGAUGAUGGGUGGGUUUCAGCAAUCGUAUCUUGGGUCAGAAUUGUUACAUGUUUUGUGUCUAUGAUGGUAACAACAUUCGUAUGGGCAUUGAUCAUGAUCGUGCUUAUACCAUGGCCAUAUGAGAGGGUUAGACAAGGAAAUAUUUAUGGCCAUGUGACAGGUAGAAUGCUGAUGUGGAUUCUUGGUAAUCCUGUAAAGAUUGAAGGUGCUGAGUACAAUAACGAGAGGGCCAUUUACAUUAGUAAUCAUGCAUCUCCAAUAGACAUAUUUCUUAUAAUGUGGUUGACUCCUACAGGCACUGUAGGCAUUGCCAAGAAGGAGAUAAUAUGGUAUCCUUUAUUUGGGCAACUUUAUGUUUUGGCCAACCAUCUUCGUAUAGACCGAUCCAACCCAACUGCAGCUAUUGAGUCCAUGAAAGAGGCAGCACGUGCAGUUGUGAAAAACAAUCUGUCCCUGAUCAUUUUUCCUGAGGGUACAAGGUCUAAGAAUGGACGACUACUUCCUUUCAAAAAAGGUUUUGUUCAUUUAGCACUACAAUCUCGCCUUCCAAUAGUUCCAAUGGUCCUGACAGGUACUCAUUUAGCAUGGAGGAAAGGAAGUUUGCAUGUUAGACCAGCACCUCUCACUGUCAAGUAUCUUCCUCCUAUAAGUACUGAAAAUUGGAAGCCUGACAACAUUGAUGACUAUGUUGAAAUGAUGCACAAACUAUAUGCUGAACACCUUCCAGAGACCCAGAGGCCUCUGCCAUGAAAAAAAUCCAGGGUCAGAAGAGAUCCAAUUCUUAGAUGAGGCACAUCUUCCUAUAGCUUGUGUGAGGUUCUUCUUAGAGGAAGUAUUGUUAACUGCUGCAAUAUGCAUAAAUUGGUUUUAACAAAUUAUAUAGCUAAAUUCCUUGUAACAAGCUUAGCUAGCAAUUAUUUUUAAUCUAUAUUUUCAUCCUCUCAUAUUCUUCCUUGAUAUUGUAAGUUAACUGCCUUAAAUUUCACUUAAUAAAAUACUUUUCGGUCAUUGGUGAUA